AUGGCGAGGGGGGGUGCGGCCUCAACGGGUGAUGCUACCACCACACCGGCUGCAGGCUCGGUUGCUGCUGCAGCUGCAGCAGCUGCUGCUGCUGGCGGUGUUGCAGCAGCAUCUCCAGCUCUAUCCUCGCCGUCAGGGGCCCCUCAGGGGCCCCCUAGUACAAAGAACAGAGCCUCUAUAGACCAUGCAGACCGGUGGGGCGGAAGAGGGAACAGAGGGGGCCCCCAAGCAACAGCAAGAUCAUCAGCAGCAGGAACAGUACGGGGGGGCCCCCGCGGCGUUCCCCAAUGGAAAGUGAAGAGUCCGAGUGGUUCUACACAGCAAGCACAGCAGCAGCAGCAGCAGCAGCCAGCAGCAGCAGCAGCAGCAGCAGACCAGCAGCAGCAGCAGCAGUAUACAAACAACAGCAGUACAGAAGGCCCCGCCUGCUGCUUCUUUGUCAGACCCUCGUGUAGCUUCACAUCUGUCUAUAUAAGAAGACUUGAACAUAGAGAAGACCUCAUACACAGCGAGGUGGCCAGGGUUAUAGAGGAGAGUACAGGGCACGAGCAGGGGUCAUGGAAGAUGGUCAGCAGAAAACAGCAGCAGCAGCAGCAGCAGCAGCAGCAGCAGCAGCAGCAGGCAGCUAGUAGGCAGCAGCAAAGAGGAUACAGACAAGGCAGAGAUGGAAGACCUUUCGAUGCUCGCAGACAGCAGCAACGGGGACAGGGCAGAAGAACAAACUCAGAGAGGAGAAACAACGGUACGCAGCAGCAGCAGCAGCAGCAGCAACAGCAACAGCAGCAGCAGCAGCAGCAGCAGCAGGGUGCAGGGGAAACUCUGUCGAGAGAACAAGAAAACAGAAGAUCCCCGCAGCAGCAAGCAGAAGGACAGGUAGAGCCGCAGCAGCCACAUACACCAGGUCAAGAGCAGCAGCAGCAGCACGAGGCAGAGCAGCAGCAGCAGCAGCAGCAGCAGCAGCAGUCUGUUGACGGUAGUGCUUCAACCAGCGGUGUGAAGAACGAACAGCAACAGCAGCAGCAGCAGCAGCAGCAGCAGCAACGUGGAUCCUCAGCUCCGAAGACAGAAGCAACCUCUGCUGCAGCAGCAGCAGCAGGGGAAGCAGCAGCACCAACUGCAGCAACAGCAGCAGCAGCACAACCAAGGACUUGGGCCGCUCGCCUCGUCAGGCCGGCACCGCAGCCGCCGCAGCAGCAGCCAGCAGCAGCUCCAGCAGCAGCUGACCCCGCAAAGGGUGCAGCAGCAGCGCCAACAGCAGCAGCAGCAACAGCAGCAGCAGCAGCAGCAACAAGCCCCAAGCCAACGUCAGCAGAUGCGGCCCAUAGAGGCAGACGCAGUCCGUGUGCCCCCUCACCGCGGUCGCAUUCACCUGCUGCUGCCGCUGCUGCUGCUCCUGAGCAGCAGCAGCAGCAGCAGCAGCAGCAGCAGCAGUCUGUUGACGGUAGUCCUUCAACCAGCGGUGUGAAGAACGAACAGCAACAGCAGCAGCAGCAGCAGCAGCAGCAACGCGGAUCCUCAGCUCCGAAGACAGAAGCAACCUCUGCUGCAGCAGCAGCAGCAGGGGAAGCAGCAGCAGCAACUGCAGCAACAGCAGCAGCAGCACAACCAAGGACUUGGGCCGCUCGCCUCGUCAGGCCGGCACCGCAGCCGCCGCAGCAGCAACCAGCAGCAGCUCCAGCAGCAGCUGACCCCGCAAAGGGUGCAGCAGCAGCGCCAGCAGCAGCAGCAGCAACAGCAGCAGCAGCAGCAGCAACAAGCCCCAAGCCAACGCGAGAAGUUUCUCCCAUUGCUGCACCGGGGCGGUCAAGGAGUCCGUCUCCAGCAGCAGCAGCAGCAGCAGCAGCAGCAGCACCAGAAGCAGCACCAGCAGCAGCAGCACCAGCAGCAGCAGCAGCACCAGGAUCCCCAGCAGCAACGACAGCUGCAGCAGUAGAAGCAGUAGUAGCUCCGAGCCCACCGCACUCUCCGAAGCCGCAGUCCCCAUCAUCAUCAGCAGCAGCAGCAACAGCAGCAGCAACAGCAGCAGCAGCAGCAGCAGCAGCAGCAGCAGCAGUUCCAGCUGUUACACAGCAGGAGCAGCAGCAGCAGGAGAUGGAGCGUAUGUUUGAGAUAGAAGCAGCACAAAGAAAGGCUGCACAGAAACAGCAGCAGCAGCAGCAGCAGCAGCAGCAACUGCAGCAAGCUGCUGCUGCUGCUGCUGCACAGCAGCAGCAGCAGCAGCAGCAGCCGCAGCAGGUUGCUGCACCGGAGCCGCCGCAGCCGCUGCCGCAACAGCAGCAGCAGCAGCCGCAACAGCAACAGCAGCCGCAGCAGCAACCGCAGCAGCAACCGCAGCAGCAGCAGCAACCGCAACCGGGAACAGAAUACGACGCUGCUGCUGGCGCUAUAUAUCUGCCGCAGCAGCAGGAGCAGCAGCAGCAGGAGAUGGAGCGUAUGUUUGAGAUUGAAGCAGCACAAAGAAAGGCUGCACAGAAACAGCAGCAGCAGCAGCAGCAGCAGCAGCAACUGCAGCAGCUGCAGCAGCACCAGACAGACCCAGGUCAGAAGGCUGUUGCACGCGCAUGCGUUGAGCCGCAGCAGCAACACAUGCAGCAGCAGCAGCAGCACAUGCAGCAACAGCAGCAGCACUUGCAGCAGCAACACAUGCAGCAGCAGCAGGAGCAGAGACUCCACCACGACCGUCAGCAGCAGCGACGGGGGCAGCAGCAGCAGCAGCAGCAGCAGCAGCAUCACUAUGGACAGCAGCAGCCGCACCACUAUGGGCAGCAGCAGCAGCAGCAGCAGCAGCAGCAUCACCAGCAGCAGCAGCACUAUGUACAGCAGCAGGCAGGAAGAGGCAGCUGGGGGGAUGCAAACGGCUUCAACCGCAGCGUGGGGCCACUGAUGCAGCAGCAGCAGCAACAGCAGCAGCAGCAGCAGCAGCAAGGGAAGCAGCAGCCCCCCCCUCCUCCCUCUGGGGGCUCUCUAGACGGCUCAGCUCAUCAGCAGCGGCAGCAGCGUGACGAUAUGAAGCAGCAGCAGCCGCAGCAGCAGCAGCAGCAGCAGCAGCAGCAGCAAGGGAAGCAGCAGCCCCCCCCUCCUCCCUCUGGGGGCUCCCUAGACGGCUCAGCUCAUCAGCAGCGGCAGCAGCGUGACGAUAUGAAGCAGCAGCAGCCGCAGCAGCAGCAGCAGCAGCAGCAGCAGCAGCACUAUAACAGUGGAAAGACUGCCCCCGGUCAGCAGCAGCAGCAGCAGCAGCAGCAGCAAGCAGCAGCAGCAGCAGCAUACAACAACUCCCACGCCUUCACUCCUCCCCCUGGCUUAGCCCCCAACCUCACCGGGCAGCCAGCAGCAGCAGCAGCAGCAGCAGCAGCAUACACAUACCCGAACUACCACGGCCUCACUACAUACCCCCAGUACAACAGCGUAUACUAUGGACACGGAAACCUGCUGCCUCACUAUGGUAUCAUGGGGGGCCCCUAUGGCGCCAAGGGGGGCCCCGGGGCCCUGCCGCAGGGGUACAUGCAUAACUACCCCCCGUAUACACACCAGGAUUCCUUUGAGGAUGCAGCAGCAGCAGCAACAGCAGCAGGGGGGGCCCCCACGGAGAUGUAUGGCGGUGCAGCAGCAGCAGGCACAGCUCCUGCUGCAGCAGCAGCAGCAGCAGCAACAGCUCCACAGACGCCUGGUGUUGUCUUGGCCCCUGCAGCAACAGGAGCAGCAGGAGCAGCAGGUGGUGGUGUUACUGGGCCUCAGCAGCACCAGCAGCAUGCAGCAGCAGCACCAGGUGCAGCAGCAGCAGCAGCAGCAGCAGGACAGGGUGUUUCAACUUUUUAUAACCCCAGUCUACAUGUUGCUGGUGUUGCAGCAGCAAACCCUUAUCCUGCGCAGCAGCACCAGCAGCAUGCAGCAGCAGCACCAGGUGCAGCAGCAGCAGCAGCAGCAGCAGGACAAGGUGUUUCAACUUUUUAUAACCCCAGUCUACAUGUUGCUGGUGUUGCAGCAGCAAACCCUUAUCCUGCUGCUUCAUCAGCAGCAAAUGCUGCUGCUCCUCCUGGCUUCUCAGGCAGCAGCUUUCAGCACCCGCAGCUCAAGGCCGGUGGGGGGGCGGCGUAUUGCUGCAGGGGCAGCAGCUUUCAGCACCCGCAGCUCAAGGUGGGUACUCCGCCUGCUAGCGGCAGUGCAGCAGGGGCCCAGUACCACUACAGCAGCAGCAGCACGGGGGCCCCCCCCGCCAGCAGCAGCAGCUCAGGGGGCCCCAUAGUAGGGAGAGGAGAGCAGCAGCAUCAGCAGCAGCAGCCGCAGCAGGGGCAGCUAAACAGCAACUCUGUUAUGUCUACGCAGAGCAGCACCUAUCACCGUGGUGGCAGCAGCAGCAGUGCAGAUCAGCAGCAACAGCAGCAACAACAGCAGCAGCAGCAGCAGCAGCAAGCAGCAGUAGCAGCAGCAGCUGGAGGAUAUUAUAAUUACAAUGCUUAUACACAGCAGCAGUAG